AUGGCUGACCCCCGUGUUGAAGAGAUCCAUGAUGAGGACGUCCCCAAGACCACCGCCGAGGACGCUGGUAGCAGCUCCGAGUCCGAGGCCGGCGAGGAGCCCACCAUCCCCGGCGGUGCCGCCGUCACCAUCCACUCGCGCAACGAGAAGAAGGCCCGCAAAGCCAUUGGCAAGCUGGGUCUGAAGCACGUCCCGGGCAUCACCCGCGUUACUCUCCGCCGCCCCAAGAACAUUCUCUUCGUCGUUAACCAGCCCGACGUCUACCGCUCCCCCAACAGCAACACCUGGAUCAUCUUCGGUGAGGCCAAGAUCGAGGAUCUGAACUCCCAGGCCCAGGCCUCCGCCGCUCAGCAGCUGGCUGCCGCCGAGGCCGCUGGUGGUGAGCAUGCCGGUCACGACCACGAGCACGACCUCGGCAAGGGCAAGGCCCCCGAGACUGAGGCUAAGAAGGACGAGGAGGAGGAUGACGGUGAGGAGGUCGACGAGGGCGGCCUUGAGGGCAAGGACAUCGAGCUGGUCAUGGCACAAGCGAAUGUGUCUCGCAAGAAGGCCGUCAAGGCCCUGCGGGAGAACGACAACGAUAUCGUGAACUCGAUCAUGGCUCUCAGCAUAUGA